UGGCCACCACGGCUCAGAGACUAUGGAGUUGUGGACGCAGCUGAGGCAGGCUGGACUCGUGCCACCAGGGCUGGGUCCACCCCCGCGGGCCCUGAGGGGGGUCUCCCCAGUGGAGAGGGUGCGUAAGACCCUCAUGUCCCCAGGCGCUGACACUGGAGGUGCCGGGCAGAGCCUGCUGUGGAUCUGGGAGGAGCUGGGGAACCUCCGCAGAGUGGAUGUCCAGUUGCUGCACCAGCUGUGCAGCCUGGGAUUGGAGAUGGGGGCACUUCGGGAGGAACUGGUCACCUUCCUGGAAGAGGAGGCUGAGGAAAGCACUGAGGAAGAGGAGGAGGACAGAGAGCUGGAAGGGAAGCAGGAGGGGGCCUCUGGUCCAGCCCCAGGCCACCACCGCCUUCCUGACUUUGAAAUGACUAUUUGAGGCCCUGCCAAUGUGCUUCCGUUGGACACAUGAAUGGGUAUACACCCAGAAGUGGAAUUGCUGGAUGCUGUGGUAAGUCUCUGUUUGAUUACUUGAAGAAGUA